AUGGAUGUGGUGCUGGCCGACGCGCUGCUCUCGCAGUGCCCGGAUUCAGGAGCGUUGCUGCGGGCGGUGCGCGGCGCAGGGGGCCCGUUCUCGGUCGAGCAAGCGGAGACGUUGCGUUUCCUCCUCGAACGGGCGGCGGCGGGAGUCGAGCUCCUGGCCGCCGUGGCCCCUUGGCUGCAGGAGCCGGCGCUGCUGGAGCGAACGGUGGGGGUGGCCCUCCAGCUCUUCAGGGAAGAGGGCGAGGAGGCGCAAGCGUCGCUGGUGGCCGGCGAGCUGCUCCCGGCGUUGGGGAGGAACGCUGCCGCCCAGGGGCGCGUCUUGGAAGGGCUCCUGCGGUCGCCCCCGGAGGGCUCCCGGCCGGUGAGCCGGACCCUGCUGGUCCUGAGCGCCCUCUCGGACGUGCUGUUCCCCGGCGGCGCUGGGGCGGAGGGCGAAGCUGCCCCGUUGCUCGAGGCCAGGCGCUGCAGUAGCUUCUGGAGAGUGUUGCAGGAGGGACUGACGGAGAGCGACGCCCUGUGCAGGAAGAGGGCCCGCUACCUGCUGAAGCGAGCGGUGGACGCCUCGGAGAGCCUGCGCUGGGAGGGCAGGUGCAGCCAGGACCCUGGAACUGGACCAUGUCUGUUCUGGUGGUGUGCUGACAAAAAUAAUCAACUUACUCAGUUUUGGGAGAAUUACAUUUUAAUUAUGGAAACUUUGGAAGGAAAUCAGAUACAUGUUAUAAAACCAGUGUUGCCCAAGUUAAAUAGUUUAUAUGAACAUGCAGUAUCAGAACAAAAAGAUUGUUGGGUGCUUCAUCCAUCAUGGCACAUGUGCAUUUACAAAAGAAUGUUUGAGAGUGAAAACAAAACAUUGGCAAAAGAAGGAAUUUUUCACUUUCUUGAAAUCUGGCAAGCCAAACAUCUCCCUGCAUCUCCAGCUUUUUCAGAGUUUGUCAUUGGCCCUUUAAUGGAUGCUCUUUCAGAAAGUUCUUUUUACAGCAGGUUGCCAGGUCAGACAACAGGCACGUGUCCUUCACUAGGAAUCAAGCUGCAAAAAUUUCUGACUGCUUUCUUCACAAACCUCCCAGAGGAAGAAAAAAGUAGUUUCUUGUUAAAAUUUAUCCAGAAGAUGAGCAAGAGGCACUGGUGUGCUGUACCUAUUUUGUUUUUCUCCAUGGCUCUGUCAAACAUUCCCACAUGUAGAGCACUGGAUGCUGAAGGACUCUUGGCUCUGCGAGAUGUCCUGCAGUGUACUAUGAUUACACAUCAGAUUCUCCUACGAGGAGCGGCCCAGUGCGCUCUCCUGAAAGCAGCAAUGCACUUGGUAGAUACAGAGAAAGUAUCCCUUUCAGAUAUUUCAAACUUCAUUGUAUCCCUGAGACCAGAUGAGUCAUUAGGGAGAGGGACCACAUUGUGGAGAGAGCUUUGCGAUUGGUUGCUUAUAAAUGACAAACACUUUCGAAGACCUUUAAAUUGCAGUUUACCAGAAGACAAAACUGUAUUAAAUACCUAUGUGCAACUUCUUGUGGAAGAUUAUCUGAAAAUACCAGUUACAGCAGAUUCAACAGAAGGUUCCCUGAUGCCUGAUUGGACUGAUGCCAAACUUGUAGCUACAAUGAUACUUCUGACCGCAGAUGUGGAAGAAAUGAGGCAUGGAUACAAGGGCAGUACAGAACGGGUUGAGCUGAAGUGUCUCCUAAAUCCUCUGCUGGAUGUCUUGCUGAAGCUUGGCACUAAUCCAUACAUCUCUUCAUUGAAAACCAAUAAAAGCCUACAGCUGCUAUUGAAGCUACUGCAAUUGUGUUCAGUCAAGUGUUCCAGCCCGCAAGCUGAUGGAAUAACAACAUUUCUCCAGAAGGCAUUGUUGCCUGCUACAGAAAGUAUUUUGGAUUUUUUCCUCAGAAGAUUUGCAGCUCGUGAAUUGAACACUAUCUCAGAUUUGCAGCACUGUAACUUGUAUCUGGAUGUGUUGUCAGAGAUAACAAGCUUCUGCUCAGUCACUGGCUGGAAUAUGGGACCUUCUGUCUGCCGUUUCAUCUCCUCUCUGAUAGAUGCCUCCCUCUGCAAUCUGCAGGAGAUAAGCAGUGAAGAGGACACAAAACUUGGGAAACAGAUUCAGAAGGUAGUGAGCAUGGCAUCACUGUCUGUGGUUUGUAAAAUAAUCCGUCAGAAGCCAGCUCUUCAUCUUGAAUCUCUGCCAUCUGUUGUCAUCUUGAAGAAAUCUAUUUCCUGUUUUCAACUUAACCAUGUGUUAAAGAAACCUUGCUGUAUGGAAAAAAAUAAUUCUCUUGAGGAACCAGUGUCUCAUCAAGGAUGGGGAAAAGUUGUAGCACGCUACCUACAUGAUCAGUGGGUUUGUCUUCAUUUUGUCAUGAGUGGUUCUCAAAGCCAAUCUAAGGACAAGAAUCUGGAACAAUUUUUGCCUGAUCUUCAAAGGUUUACAGAAAUCUUUCAGGCAGCAUUAGAAGCACUAACAGUUCUACCAUCUGAUCAUGUUUUACCUGUGCUGCAUUGCAUGAAAAUAAUGACUUCCAAGCUUCUGGAAUCUUCUGAAUCAUUGUGCAUUCAGGCUUUUGACUUAGCGUGGAAAAUUGUAGUUUCUCUGUGCAACACACAGCUGAUCUUUUGGCCUAAUUUAAAGGCUUUUGUUCAGUUUGUGUUUGACCCUGAAAUUCUUGCUGCUGCAGCAAAGAACAAAACCCAAAUAUACAUGAAGAUAAAGGAGAUCAUGUUUCAGAUGAUAGAAAUGUCUUCUACAAAAACGGGAGUGUUAAAUGUACUUUUGAGUUAUUGUUGCCAAUCUUGGGUAUGUCCAACUCCUGCUGACACAACUGUUGCAGAAAACGCCUUUUCAAAUGCUUUGAAUUAUAGCGAACUUCUUAUAGAGGCAUGUUUGUUUGGAACUGUUUUCAGACGCGAUCAAAGACUCAUCCAGGAGGUGUGUGCUUUUGUAGAAGGCCUUGGAUCUGGAUGUGCAGCAAAUGUUGUUACAGAGAGCGUGAACAGAGAUGACCAUUACGUGAGAGUUUGUGCUGUAAAAUUUCUCUGCUUGUUAGAUGAGUCAAAUACAUUGCACAAGAAGUUUAUAGAAGACUUUGUUAUUAAACUACUUGAUAAAGAUGAACUCAUGUCUAAAUCAAAAGUCCACUAUUAUGUGAAUUCUUCACAACACAGGAUUAAAAAUCGACUGUGGCAGACAUUGCUAGUUCUGUUUCCAAAACUUCACGAGGAUUUCUUAACUAGAAUCGUUGACAGGAUUCUACAGGCUGGAUGUAGCAAUAAUCAAGCAUCUGUAAAAUAUUUCAUAGAAUGGAAUAUCAUCUUGAUUCUACAUAGAUUUCCCCAUUUUCUUCAAAAAUUCUGGGAUUGUUUUAACUUUGAUGAAGACAGCCUUAAAACAUGUGUUUGCACGUUUUUAGCAGUGCUAUCCCGUUUUGACAUAAUUCUUCAGAAUAUAUCUGAAAAGAUUCCCGCUUUGAAGAAAGGCCUUGUUGUUGUCCUGCAGUGGUGUUUCCAUCACAAUUUCAGUAUCCGUCUGUAUGCUUUAAUCGCCCUUAAGAAAAUUUGGGGAAUGUGCAAAGCAUCACACGUGGAUGAUUUUGAAACUUUAACUCCAGUUAUUGAGAGUAGUCUUCUUCAAGCAGAAAGGAUGCAUGGAACAGGCAAUGCUAAAAAGAAUUGGCAGCGUAUUCAGAAACACUUCUUCUUUGAAAAAUUCCAUCCAAUUGAGGAUUAUUGUCUUGAGACAAUAUUUUACACACUGCCACGUCUUUCAGAAAUUGCUGAGGAGGAGUGGAUUUCUGUCUCUAAAUUCACUGCCUUCCAAGACCUCCCACUGAGCCCAACAUUUCCAUGUUCUCAUUCUUGCACUGCGCUCCUUGAUCUAACGCCAAGUGACUGGUCUCAGCAAGAUAUGGGUCUGAAUUCAUUGGAGCCAUGUAAUAAAAGGCAAUGGGCAGACGUUCAAAAAAAAAUUAUUCCUUGGAAGGAUAGUAUUCCCGAGUUGGAUCUAGAGCUUGUGUUUCAAGAUCGGGCUACUAAACUUGGCAAAUCAAACAGUAAACUGAUUGUAGUGGCUUCGCUCCUCGAUAAACCAACCAAUUUGGGAGGGUUAUGUCGCACAUGUGAAAUAUUUGGUGCAUCUGCUCUAGUUGUUGGCAGUCUUCAUUACAUAAACGACAAACAAUUUCAGUACCUCAGUGUUUCUGCUGAACAAUGGGUUUGCCUUAUUGAGGUAAAACCAUUUCAGCUUGUUGAUUAUUUAGAGCAGAAGAAAAUAGAAGGUUACACUAUAAUAGGUGUGGAGCAAACAGCUAAAAGUUGUGAUCUAACAGAGUACUCCUUUCCAGAAAAAUCCUUGUUACUGUUGGGAAAUGAGCAUGAGGGAAUCCCUGUAAACCUGAUCCAGCAGUUGGAUACUUGUGUAGAAAUUCCUCAGCAAGGAGUUAUUCGAUCACUUAAUGUCCAUGUAAGCGGAGCUCUGCUCAUUUGGGAAUAUACAAGACAACAGAUUUUGAAGGGAAAACAAUCAAGGUGAACACAUAACUCUUAUGAAAACUGUUGUUCUGAUGGUGCUAUAAAAAUCCAAUGAGUUUUUAAUAACAUUGUUGAAAAAAUAGUUUAUAGUUACAUGCUUUUAAAAAAUGUAAAUACCUUAAACCAUGACUGUAUUAAAAUUAUCCAAUAAAGAUUCUUUCAAUA